CUAUAUGGCCGUGAACCACCUACUAUUUUACCAUAUACCCAAGGGGAAUGCUCACUGCCAGCCGUAGAUACACUCCUCACAGAGCGAGCGGAGACACUAAUUCGGCUCCGUCGGAAUUUGGAAUUGGCGCAACAAAGGAUGCGGGCGGCAGCCGAUAAGCAUCGGCGCGAGGUUCAUUUUGAGGUCGGUGAUCUCGUCUUGCUAAAGUUGCAACCGUACAGGCAGCACUCGGUCGUGACGCGCCGGUCACAAAAGCUCACCCGGCGUUAUUACGGGCCCUUUCGCGUUACGGCCAAGGUGUGGUCGGCGGCCUAUCGUUUACAACUACCAAAUGGUUCCCGCAUACACCCCGUAUUCCAUGUUUCCCUGUUGAAACCCUUCCGGGGGGACGCAUCGCGCAUCUCACCUUUGCCAUUACCUGGGGAAUUCCGCCAUGGGGACCCCGUCUCGAGGCCAAUUCGUAUUCAUGCUCAGCGCAGAGUGCUUGUCGGAGGAGCUACGGAAGUACAAGGGUUAGUGGAAUGGUCGGACGGCGAUAAUGACGAUGCUACGUGGGAGCCCUUGGACAAACUACGCCAAUUCUAUCCGGACUUACACCUUGAGGACAAGGUGGUAAUUGAACAAGGGGAGAGUGUUACGACCGAAUCCCAGGGCGAGGUGCAUGGCAAACCAGGGACGCAGGCACCGAAGCAAGACAAUGUGGGAGCACAUCCAUGCAAGGAGUUACGUCGGGGGUCGAGGGAAAGGAGACCUCCGGCGUGGCGGAAGGAUUAUGAGACUUAAUAUUUUAUUGGUAUUUAAUUUAUUUUAUUGUCAUUGUACCUUAGAUUUUCUUAGGUGAGCGAAUUAUAAGCUCCUUCGAGGGUUUCUUUUCGGUUCUUUACCUCGAUGCCUUUUUUUUUAACCGACAGGAUAGAUAUUAGUUAAUUAGGGUUUGGG